UGAAGUUGCCCUAAAAGUUGGCGCUAACUCUACCUUUUAGAUUUUGCAACUAGCCAUUUCCUUGCGCCCAUUUUUUUGCUGCAGAUUCUUGUUCAUCACACUCACUAGCGGCUCCAUUCAUGGCUAUGGAUAAAGGUACCUUCGAAAACCUAAUUCCUUGUCAAUACAUCUCUUUUGAUUUCCCAAAUCCUCAUCACUCAAGAGAAUCUACUACCAUUAGUUCUACCUACGGCAAUUUCUUAAGAAUCACAGCACUUGAUUCCCCUAUUAUUCAAACCUCAGAUCAUCCAACCCAAAUCGCAGCGAUGUUAGUCCCAAUAGAUCGAGAGGAUGACUGGGUCUUCUCUACAAAAUCUGGAAAUUUCCAACUUCUAUCAAAUUUACAGGAAAUUUCUAGGUUAAUCCUUGUAGGGAAUCUACCGACCGGUGAUUUGCCUGUAAAUUAUAGCCGUCGUCCGAUACUUGACGGUGAUAGAGAGUACAUGGUGGAAUUUGAGGAAGCCUUGCUGCCUCUCCUCAUUGCAGUAUCGCCUAAAUCGUAUUUGAAAGGUUUGGGUGAAAAUUUUGAGAUUCCAUUUGCAAUGUAUGAAGAUAAUUUGAUUUGUAGUGUAUUAGUUGAGAGAUGUAUUGGUUCCUGUGUAGGAGAAAUGAUAGUGGAAGAUGUUGAAAUAGAAAAUUAUGUGGAUGGUAAAUUAGAUUUGGGUAGAAGAGAGUUUAGGAGGAGAUUAAGGUUUAAAAGAAUGCCGAAUUUAGUUCAGACGGAAAUACGUAUUGUUCCGAAUAGAAUAGAAGUUGAUUCUGUUAAUCUUAGGAUUGGUGAAAUGGAGUGUGAGCUUGAUACUGGUUGUUUGGUGCAUCCUUACCUUGCACCAAUGGUGGCAAGUCUAUCUCUUAUUGCUCGAAAUUUAGAUGAUAUGUAUGUUUGUUCGGGUUUGAAGCUGCCUAAGGUGCUCUGUGCUGGGAUUGGUGGAGGAGCGUUGCUUACAUUUUUGAGAACCCAAUUCGGGUUUCAAGUAUUUGGGGUGGAGAAUGAUGAGAUGGUUGUAAAUGUUGCAAAACGAUAUUUUGGUUUGGUGGAAAGCGAAUUUCUUCGAGUCCUGGUGGGAGAUGGUAUCGAUGUCAUAAGGAGAGUUGCCAGGAGAGGAGUUCGAGCAGGGUUUGUGGCAUCUAUUACCAAUGCGGAUUUAGAGAGUGAUCAGCAUUCGAUUACUUAUGCUGAGGAUGAGUCGAAGUUUGACAUUAUAAUGGUUGAUUUAGAUUCUAAUGAUGCUAUGAAUGGUCCAGGUGCUCCACCAUUAGAUUUUGUUCAAAACUCGAUACUUUUGGAUGCUAAAUUGGCUCUUAACACUCUUGGAAUUCUCGUGGUUAAUGUAAUUCCGUUGAGUAAGUCUUUCUACGAGGUAUUGAUUUGUGAACUGAGGAAAGUUUUCUCGCAGUUGUAUGAAAUAAAUGUAGGAAACGAGGAAAAUUAUGUUAUCAUUGCUACUGUUUCACCUGUCAGCUUUGUGCACGAUGAGAUUGAGACUUCUAUUCAGGAGAAGUUGAAGAUGGCCAAUUUGGGGCUCUAUAUCGAGUGCAUGAGGAAGAUAUGAAAGUUUUAAUGAGCUGAUAUUCCAUUUUUCAAUCUCAAGAAAAAGCAUGGGUAACUUGAACGAGCUGUUGGAAAGGAGGCUCAAGACUCUCAGUAUGGUGUUUAUGAUUUAAAUCAACUCUGACUGAAGUUGCCCGAAGGUGCAAACCGACAGUCACAGUGCUCUGGGUCAUGAAUUAGUGAUAUUAAAUACACCUGGUGCUGGUGGAGCUUCUUCAUUAACUGGGCUAAUAGUUAUCAAGCAUUUCCCCACUUCAAUAUAGAAUCAGUGGAAGAAGUCGGUAUAAGGUACUAUUUAUUUUCCUCUUCUCAUUUGUCAUCUUAGUCUGAGCAUAAUGCUGUUAAAAUAAAGAAGCCUUCUAUUCUUGGAUCCUAGUAAAGUGACUAUGGAUGCACUCUGAAAUUUAGAAAUGUCCAUAGUAAAAAUUGUUGGAGCUAGACAUUAGUCUCACUGCCUUUUAUGUUCUGCUCUUGCCAUAUGGUAUUAUUAGUCUUGCUUUUAGUUCAUCAGUUGACUGUGUGAGGUAACUGGAGAAGUAAACUUGGUUGAAGGAGAAGAAGAUUCCGAACAGAAGGUGGAUCAACAAGGACAGCCGUCUACAUUUAGACGGUUUGAACAUGUGUUGUGGCGGUUGGAUGGCAAUUUAAAAGUUAAUGUGCUCUUUUAACCAAUCUAAUCGUGGCGUGUGAAUCUGAGAGCUUUAACUUUGUUACUGAAGUAUAAUUAAUGUUUAGCUUAACUUUUGGAUGGUCUUUGUGCUCAAUAUGGUACGUGGGUCAAUAGUUAGUUUAGAAUUCAUAAACAAGGCUAGUCAUGGUUGGCUUCCAAAUGCAUUUAUCUGGACCUGAAACACAGAAUGACGACAUAUUUUUAUGUUCUCCAUCAUAUCAUUCAGUAUUUUUGUUGGCCCGUUUGCGACUAGCUAUGGCAUUAUGAAAUUGCCGGCGAGUAUGUAUAUUGUAAAUUGCGUGUGUGCGCGCUUAUAGACUUUUACUUGCCCAAAAGAAAAACAUGAGAAUCCAUUUGGGGCCGAGUACAA